GGGAGAGCGAGAGCGAGAGGGAGAGAGCGAGAGGGAGAGAGAGAGAGGGAGAGGGAGAGGGAGAGUGGGCGGCAGCAGUGGUUCCCUGUGCCUUCCCUCCUUUCUUUUCAUUCUCUUCCCGUCUCUGUCUAGCUGCACUGAGGAGACCUCAUUGCUCAGCCGGUACUGCAAUCCUUUUGAUGCUGGGUGCAAAACUUUAGACCUCUACACAAGGACCAUAACGGAUGACAUGCAGUCACAGCAGGUGGACGUGGUGGACCGUGUAAAUGGCUCCCGCAUCAUCCGCUCCGGAGAUGGACUUUCCUCAGGUCAGCAGCACUUCCUGACAUCUCCUGAGCUGAACCAGGAGGUAGUCAUCUCUCCUGGACUCCCUACUCCUCCACGGAGUCCCUUUCGCUCGACAAGACUGCCAUCUGGAGAACACAAGGUCUCGGGGGUAAAUGGAAGUGGCCCCACCAAUCUCAGCUUUGGAUCCUAUUAUGGCCCCUCGGAAUCGCUGGGUGGGUUGCCCAAUGGCAUCCAGACUGGGGGCUCUGCCACCCUGCCACGCAGGUCUGCUCCCACCAGAGAGGAGAGGCUUAUCAAGUUCUCAGGGAUUGGUCCAGUGGAUGAGACUGGGAUGCCUAUAGCCUCAAGAUCAAGCGUGAACAAGCCCAGAGACUGGUACAAGAGCAUGUUCAGACAGAUCCACAAGAAGCCAGAAGAACCAGACCUGAGCGAUUCAGAGCGUUGGUCAGAUGAACGGAUCCAGCCAUCUACCACCGCAAAGGAUGGAAAUGAAGCAGACGAUAACCUAUUUCGACUAACCCCAUAUGGAGCCCUUCCAGACUGGAGUGAAGAUGUAGCUAAGCUAUCAGACACAGGGAAUCAUCACCCUCAACCCAAGAGCAUAUUUGACUUUGAGCCUGGCCAGAGCACCACCACAAAAAACUACAGCCAGGUUCACCAACCCCAAAACAAACAACCAGAGAAACCCCGCUCUCCCUCAUUGGAGGCCAGUCUGGUCUCUGAAUUGAGUCGAUAUGAGGCAGAGCUGGACUUGGAGAUCCAGGGCCUGGAGAGAAGGCUUUCCCAGAAGAAGCAGCGUAAAGGCCGGGGUGAGGAGGCCAGAAGCACAGAUCCAGGACGCGCCUCAGGCAUAGGGACAACACAUUCCAGCUCUUUGUCGGUACCAAAGCAGCCCGCCGGUCAUUCUGUUCGCCCACCGCCAGCCGCUGCUCCGAGGACGGCGUCUGUUCCCUCACACGUGGAUCGCCUCUCCCCUGCAUGUAACGCUAUGGAGCCCCCACCUAAGCGAGAGGAGAAGAAGAUGAAAGCAGCGAGAGCCAAGUUCAAUUUCCAGGCUCAGUCACCCAAGGAGCUGACACUGCAGAAAGGGGAUGUUGUUUACAUCCACAGGCAGGUGGAUGCUAACUGGUUUGAAGGAGAGCAUCAUGGGAGAGCUGGCAUUUUCCCCACAACCUACGUAGAGAUUCUGCCCCCUACGGAGAAGCCUACACCCAUCAAGUCUCCAACAAUCCAGGUGUUGGACUAUGGGGAAGCUGUGGCUCUUUAUAAUUUUAACGGAGACCUACCUGUGGAACUGUCUUUUCGUAAAGGUGAAGUGAUCAAUAUAACCAGGCGUGUUGAUGACAGCUGGCUUGAGGGGAGGAUCUCAGGGACUAACCGAGCCGGCAUCUUCCCUGCCAACUAUGUGCAGGUCAACAAGAUGCCCCGUACCAAAUACUCCACCGACGACUACAUGGCGGGCCCCACUUUGCCGCUCUCGCCUGGACCCCAGAGUCCAGGGCGUCCACUCCACUCACCCUGCCCACGAUCACCACUGUCACCCUUCACACCGACCUCCCUCAGCCCAGAACCCGAGCACUCCCCAUUGAAGUCAUCCUCGCCUUUACCUUAUGGCAGCACAGCCUCACAGCCACACUCCCCCACCCAGACACCCAUAUCCAAAGAAAUGAACAAACCGCGGCUCCACGGCACUUCAGACCCUGCUUCACCUUCCAGCCAGAGCAGCCACUGGGGUGGCACAUAUUCAGCUAGCCCGAACCCAUCAACCACAGCUGUUUCAGCAGUCACCCAGUCAUCAGCGCUGAUAAAUAGAGCAGGAGCAACCACAGUGAACACCCCCAGACACACUGAGUCCACACAGGGUGGAACUAUAUACCAGGCCACUCCGUCUAAUCCACAUUUAAAUUCCUUGCCAAACAAGCCUGGAUCGACAAAGGUGCAACGUCAGCCCUAUAAAGCUGUUUAUAACUACAAACCGCAGAAUACGGAUGAGCUGGAGCUGAGGGAAGGAGAUAUUGUGCAAGUGAUGGAAAAAUGUGACGAUGGCUGGUUUGUAGGUACGUCAGAACGGACACAAGCCUUUGGGACUUUCCCUGGGAAUUAUGUGACACCCGUUUAACUUCACCUCCUGCUUGCCAAAAGCCACCUGGACUGUUAUGGUUUCUAUUGUGAGCAGCUUGCUUUAAACAGCACCGGCAGUAGCUCCAGCCGCAUGACCGAUAGCCACACAACCAGCUCCAGCUCAGACACCAUCGCACCUCUAUCAGUUGCCCAACACUCCAAAAACCCGGUUUAGUCAUUGCUGCAUGUUCACUCUGACCAGAGACCGACACAGCUGUGCUGCUCUGUUUCCCAGAACAGAGGUGAAGGCAGGAACAUUUUCUGUGGUUUCUCACCUCACCUCCCUGCAUGUGUGUGUGUGUGUGUGUGUGUGUGUGUGUGUGUGUGUGUGUGUGUGUGUGUGUGUGUGUGUGUGUGUGUGUGUGUGUGUGUGUGUGUGUCCGUGUGUGUGUGUGUGUGUGUGUGUGCGUGUGUUCCACUGACGGAGUAUUUUCACACAUUCCACUUGAGAGGAAAAAAUGAGUGCUGAUGAUACUGUUUCAGAGGCAAAGACAUUUUUUUGUGCUCCACAGUUAUGUGCACUUUUGGAAAAUUUUUAUAUUCCACUCCACUGAACAACACUGUUGUUUCUGAAGUCCCACUGUAUGUUAUUUCCCUACACCGUAUAGCCGUGCCCCCAUUAUGAUGUCACAGUCAGCUUUUCAUCACACGUGUGACAUCACACAUUACAUACACCUAAGAAUUAACAAACAAAAAAAAAAUUGUGAUGUUUUGAUGUCAUAACGCUAUGAUGGAUUUCACCUCAAAGUGUCUCCCCCAAACUUUAUUUCAGAUCUUUGAAAAUACCCUGCGUGAGUUUGAGGCUGCAUCAACGCAACUAUCCAUAGACAACUACAUACUUGAAACACUGAAAGCAAAGAGAGGGCUCAGACAUGUCUGUUAACUUAAGAGGUCUCCCUGUCACAGCUGAUCAGACCAGAUCAGACCAGAUUAAUUCAUGCAUUAAUGUGUGCAAGUUAUUCAUUGUGUCAUAUCUUAAGCCUUUUUUGUUUAAGUCUGUGCAAGGAUGUCGCUCUCCAGCAGGGAAUGUUAAGUGAAAGCUGAAUGUAGAACAGAAGGACGGGAAGGAAGUGAAGAUUGGAGCUUGUUUUCUGUGUUUUUAUUGUUUUUGUGUGUGUGCUGUAACCAGACACUGAAUCACUUUCAAACAUCCGCCAGAGCAGACCUUACACCGUAUCAGCUGCGUACCGCAUCUUCAUCUACUUUGUGUUCAUCCACAGCCGAUGAUCGACCGGUUUCUCAAUGGUAGUUUUUGAUAUUUUCUUAUCGUGUUGUGCCAAUGCUAUAACGUUUCAUGAGGCGACUUUAGGCGGGGACGCUCCGAUGAACAGUCCGACCAGCUGACUAUAUUCCUGCUGCGAGCUGUACUUGCCAUCUGAUUCUACAGUAUUUUUCAUCGCUUGUCAUGUUGACAUUCACAAUUUAAACACCGCAUUCAUAAAUCAGUUAGAGUGUGUUUGUGCAAGCUUAACUGUCAAGUAUGACGACUGUAAAGCUCUUUCGAAAUCCUUGUCAUGAAGUCAAAUGCAAUGUCAUUUCAAACGUUCAUGUUGGGGGGGAACAUUUUAAUUUCACCACACAACAAAGAUGAUUGUACAGAGUGUAACCUUUUAUCAAAUUAAAAGUAUAAUAUAUUUUCCUUGUAAAACAAUGUAACUCAUUGUAUGGUACGCAGACUUUUUUUAAUACGAUUAUAAAAAUUACGGCGAUAUUAAAAGCGGCUUUG